AUGCAAAAUAAUGAUAAAAAGGGAUCUAAAAGUAGGAUACUUCUAGAAAUGAUCAAUAAUUAUUAAAAACCGGUUCAAGAGAUAUUGAUCUUAUAAAAUUCUAAAUUAAAAUCAUUAUAAACAAUAGAGGAAAGGUUUGUAAAGAGUGAAACAAAUAAACAAUAUGUGUUCCCUCGAAUUCAAUAAAAGUAAAAAGAACACAAGGAUUCACCGAAACACCUUUUGAAUUCACUUAAUAAUAUUGCGAACACAAAGAUUUUUAAGGAUUUGAUGAAUAAAAUUUAUCAGAUUAAUACUUCAUAGUAUAAGCCAAAGAAUUAUUAAUAAACAGAAUUCAUCAAAAAGCAAUAUUCAAGUGAAUCAUAAUACUUAAGAAAACAAAGCAAAAAAAAAUCAAAUUAAAUCAAAACUGAAAUGUCUGAUAUUAAAUAAAAUAGACAUGAUAAUUCAAGUUUUCAAUAAUAAUUGUCAUUAAAUUAAUCUAAGGGAUAAUCACCUAAUAAUAAUAAACUUCAAUUUCCUAACAGAUCAACAAGAUCAUAAUUGAUUUAAUUUCUUAAGCAAAAAAAGAGUUGUCAUGUUGAGGGUUAGGAUCAAAAUUCACAAAGAAGUUUUGAGUUCAAGUAACAUUUACUAAAUAAAUCCUAAAAAAAGUUAUUACAAAAUAAAAGCUAUGAUUUGGUGUAAUAAUAAGAAAAAUUGAAGAAGAAAUGA